GACUGACAGCCACCUUCCACGGUUCGGUGUUGACGAUUAUUUGUUGUCAUUCCGGAACUCCUUCAAAUGAUUUUUUUUAUCUUAUUCUUUUUGAGUGUGUGCGUGGUUCUAAAAUAGACAUGAGAUCUCAUUGCUCGUCUUUGAAUUUACAACAUUUCUCCCCUGCGGAACUCUCUCAAUUCCCUAAACGACACGCCUUUGUCCCCGCUUUGUUUCGCCUUCCAUGCCUUUCGUCAUCUCGGUUUCGCGCUGCUGCAUUAAGUUCCUACAAUCCUCUCAAAUUACAGUUAAAACGAUCCCGAAAUGUACCAAAGCGGAGUCGUCAAUUCCGUCCACGUGCCGUUAAGGUUUACGCCACCAAUGAUGAUGACUCAAUGGGAAUUUCUUCUUUUGAUGAAUGGGUGGUUGAUGAUUCGGUGGCAGCAUAUGUGUUUUCUUCAUUUAGUGAUGGGGAAUAUAGCGAUGGAGAAAUCGUGUUAAACCCUUUGGCUGAGGUGGAUUUGCCUCCGGUCUCAGCUGAUGAUUCUGUAACCAUGAGGUCCUUGACUUCCCGUCGGUAUUCUUUGAUUGGACAAAGCCCAAAAAAACACAGGAUAAACGUUGGGCUGUUAAACAACUUGGGUAUCAUAAUCUUCCUGACAAUGGUUAUUUUACUUGUUGAUUGGUGUGGAUGGAAAAUUGUGAGGCUACCCUUGGCACCGUUUUACUUGACCUCCCCAUUUUUCAUAUCUUUGGUCUUAGCAACAGGUGCGGGUUACAUUUGUGUACCAUAUCUUAAGACUUUUGAGUUCCAUCAAAUAAUUAGGAAAGAAGGUCCAGCUAAUCAUUCGAAAAAGCAGAGGACCCCGACCAUGGGUGGACUUUUCUUUCUACCAGUUGGUAUAUUUGUUGCGAACUUUGUUACUGGUUUCUCGUCUGUUGAAGUUGCUGCAGCAGCAGCUGCAACCUUAGCGUUUGCUACGAUUGGACUGAUUGAUGAUGUCUUAUACGUCAUCAAGCAACACAACAGUGGCUUAUCUCCACGUUUAAGACUACUUUUGGAGGCUGCUGUUGGGAUUUGGUUUUCAGUUUGGUUGAAUGCUACAACUUUGUCAUCACCCUAUGGCAUGAAAAUGUUGGUUCCUCUACCUGCACCACUGGGCAUUGUGUGCUUUGGAAAAUUUUACCUAUUGUUGACUCCAUUUUGUUUUGUUUCCAUGGGAAAUGGGGUUAACUUAACCGAUGGUCUUGAUGGUCUUGCUGGAGGGACUGCUGCAUUAGCCUUUAUUGGAAUGUCAAUUGCAGUGCUUCCAAUAUGCCCUGAACUUGCUAUAUUUGGAGCGUCAAUGGCCGGUGCCUGUGUUGGUUUUCUUUUGCACAACCAACACAAAGCAUCUGUAUUGAUGGGUGAUAUUGGAUCCUUGGCCCUUGGUGGUGCAUUAGCUGCAAUGGCAGCUUGUACAGGAAUGUUCUUUCCCUUAAUCAUUUCAUCUGGUAUCUUUGUGUUGGAAGCAUCAUCAGUCAUUCUGCAGCACGUGUAUGGAAGUGGGCGGCGCUUGUUUAAGAUGGCACCUUUCCAUCAUCAUCUGGAAUUAAGCGGGCACAAAGAACCAGUGAUUGUUGCUGGCGCAUACGCCGUAUCCUGUGUGUUGGCUUUGUUUGCUGGUUACAUGGGCCUUAUAUCGGUAUAAUGUAAGCCAUCAUUUGCAUCCAUCUCCAUUUUGUUUCCUUAGUUAUUAGUCAUAAUUGGUCUUCUCAUCUCUCGAAUAUUUCUUAAAUCUUUCAUGCUCUCCGUUUGUGUUGACACAGUUUUGCUAUGUUACCCGAGCUUAGAUACGAAUGUCAGAUAUGGAUGUGUAUCUGACACGAGUAUGAUCAUUCCUUUUAAAGAUUUUCUCUUGUAGUUAAAAGGCCAUAUCUCUAUAUUCACGUCCGAACUUGUGUUCGAAAGAAUUGUCGGACACAUAUUUUUAAAAAAGAAUAACAUAGCCAUGGUGGUUUAGGAGAUGUAGGAAUUAAUGCAUGCGUCCACACAAGUUUAACCUUG